AGGUUAUAUAACGCCACUAUUAAACGACUUUGCGAUUUGAACACUCCUAUCCGCCUCAAUUUGCAGUCGUUUACCAGUUAAUCGAGAGAUUCGAACCUCUUUUUGCAAUAUUCUGCAGUAAAAUGGCGGACAAGGCGGUCACAAUCAGAACAAGAAAGUUCAUGACAAAUCGCCUCCUCUCGAGGAAGCAAUUCAUCAUCGAUGUGUUGCAUCCAGGAAGACCUAAUGUUUCCAAGGCUGAACUGAAGGAGAAGUUGUCCAAGAUGUAUGAGGUCAAAGAUCCGAAUGCCAUCUUCGUUUUCAAGUUCAGGACUCACUUUGGUGGUGGCAAAUCCACAGGAUUUGGUUUGAUUUAUGAUUCUGUAGAAAACGCUAAGAAAUACGAGCCAAAAUACAGGCUAAUCAGGAAUGGCCUGGACACCAAGAUUGAGAAGUCGAGGAAGCAGAUGAAAGAACGCAAGAACAGAGCCAAGAAGAUCCGUGGUGUCAAGAAGACGAAGGCUGGAGAUGCUGCAAAGGCUGGAAAGAAGAAAUAAGUUCAAUAGGAUUUUACUUAUUUUAGUUUUUUGCGAUCUUGAAUAUUAUCAUAAGAGCGUUUGUUUUUGUGAUGUUUUAGUUAAGGACCCCUUUUCUUGAUUGAAGUGGCACAAAUUUUGUGGUGGAUUACUGUUCAUGUCUUAAAGUUAUUAGUCUAUCUGAGAUUAUUGUUUCUACCUUUCAA